UGUCGGACUCAACCGGUGUGUCAGAGGGCAGAACGAGCGCUGCGGCUCUCAGCGCUCGAGAAAAGCGCCAUUCAUCUGCGAGGACCGCGGACACACCUGGUCGGACCGAAGACAGCAGUUUAGCGACAGACAGGGCUCCACACAGCACCCGGUUAAUCACUUGAGGAAUGCGGUGCUAUUAGGACGACGGGAGCCGAGAGCCGAAACUUCAAAACAACUUUUAAGUUAUUUUUAACCAACUUAUCAACAAAAAAAAGGGAUCAUGGCCACAGGCGGAUUCAAGUCAAACGCCACGACAGACUUUUUGGAGGAGUGGAAGGCAAAACGUGAGAAAAUGAGAGCCAAAAUGCUGGGGGACAUAGCCGCAGCGACUGGUGCUCCCUUGGGUGCCAGCAACCCAAACAGCAAAAACAACAGUAACCGCCAUAACGCCCCACCGGGCACCGAGCUCACCAAUAACGGCAACCCUGACCGAAGCACCGCCGCUGGGAACAGCCUCCCCUCCUCCUACACGGUGGCUCGGUCCUCCUCCGGCACGGCUUUAAAGCGACCCGAGGAGGAAACGCAACACCCUGCCCUCCCUGCUUCCCCCACAGCCUCACCGCCGGGGAGCAACCUGAAGAAGGCCCCGCCUCAGACAGAGAAGCCUCAGUGCGCUUCCCCGGACUCCAGUCCCAUGGCUUGCAAUGACAGUGACAAGGGAAGCCCAUCACCCAGUAAGGUCAAGGAGAAGAAUAGCACCGGUCCCAGUGCUAGGAAGGGGAAAGGGCAGAUUGAGAAGAGGAAGUUGAGGGAAAAGAGGAGAUCAACAGGUGUUGUCAGCAUACCAUCCAACGAGAGCCUGGAUGAGCUGGACGAUGACGACACAGGGGAGAAGAACAGAAGGGAGGAGGAGGAGCUGGUUCAGGCCAACACUUUCCAGAACGAGUCCAUGAUAGCUGAACCUGCCACCGGCCACUUAAUGGAAACCCCCAGAUCUGGGAGCGGGCGCCACAAGAGCUCUGCAGCGCCGGGAUCUGAGGAAGAGCUGAGUGGUAACAGCAGACAACGACACAACCGUCACGGCAGAGAUGGAGGAGCUGCAGCACCACCAGGGAGCUUGGAGAAAAGAAUGGAGGAGCUGGAGAAGGAGCUGGCCAGAGAGCGUCAGGAGAACGAUAGGUUGCUGAAGGCCCACCAGGACAAAGACGACCUCAUCGGGAAGCUGAGGGAGGAAAUUGACUUGCUGAACAGAGACCUGGAUGACAUUGAAGAUGAGAAUGAGCAACUCAAACAGGAGAACAAGACUCUGCUGAAAGUGGUGGGCCAGCUGACGAGGUAGAACCUGACACAAACAACCCAGCCUCCUCCCCGAUGAAUGGAGCAUUUCUGUUCUCUCCUUUGUCCUGACCUCCUGCCCUGGGUCAAGUCCAGCAGCAUGGCAUUUAAUCUGUUUGAUUCUGUCUCUUUGUGUGUUAGAGGUGAAACUGUAAAGUAGUCGACUUCAGAGCCUCACAGCCUUAAAAACAUCCCCCAGAGGAGGAUUUAUUCCAUUGUUGUGAAAGCGGAGUAAACUAGUAGGGGCUCAACAUUCUCAUUUCCUGACAGUCUCAUCAUAUGCAUAUUUAAUGUAAAUGUAUUGUAUAUAGGCCAUUUAGAUUGUUCAUUUUUGAGGGAUUUUUGAUAAGGUCUUCAACAGCAAAAGUAAAAUGAAUGUAUGUGCUGCACAAAAUAGUGCACACAGAAUCUUUUAAAACUUGUAUAGAGGUUAAAAAAGAAACUUUGUGCACCUAGUAGCAGUCACCUAGGCAAAUUUUUUAAAAGAUCUCCAGUUACUAUGUUGAAAUUGUGUCUGAGUGCAGUUUCAUUAGUGAACUAUGGAACGAUGGAGCUUCUGUAGAGGAACUCUUGGACCAUAUUCAACAUAAUUACUGCUACAUUACCAUCAGCCAAAGUGGGCAUAGUGCCUUGCAAUACAUGUGAGGUUUUUUAUGUCAAUUCUUUGAGAAAAUGGUACAGUUAAAGCCUGGUGCUUUAUAACUGAACAUUAGUGCCAGAUUUACUUCCUUCCAAUAAUGUAUUUUUACAUAUAAAUCCCAAUAGGGCAUCUACAAACCUCAAUGAAGAAAACUUUACAUAACUUUAUGGCUUUACAUAACUCAUAAUUUUGUCAGUUGAAUCAGAAUUGGCUGUUCAAUACAAUUAUUCGACUCUUGUUUGAAUGAGAUCAAGUUCAAGUAAUAAAGUAAACAAGCCAAUAUACCAGUUGAUAACAUCGCAUUAUGCGGUAUUUUGCAUGUGCAAACACCGUAGCAACAUGUGCACAGACAGACAGACAGACAGACAGACAGACAGACAGUACUGUGUGUACCACUGAUUUAAUGAGACAAAAACAAGACAGGAGUGCUAAAAACAGUAUAUUCAUACAGUUUUCCCUACUGUUGAAGCUAUGUUGGAUUGUGAAGUCGGGGUUGGUAAGUUUCUCCCGACUUUCUGAGUGGGAAAUCCGACUUCAGGGGGCAUUCCAGUUGUCAUUAACGACUGGGAACUCCAACUUCUCAGUUCAACUGGAAGGCACAAUAACUACUGUAGCUAAUGGUAAUAAAAUAAAAACCUAGAAGAUCCGCAAACUGAACCAAGACCAUUUUGCUAACCCAAUGAAAUAGGUUAACGCUAACAGCAUAGCAAAACACUAGAUAUCAAACAAAAGCCAGUAAGUUGCUGUGAGCUAUAAAUUCGCCACUUCUAAGCAGAAGGCAGAAGAUAACGUUAUCUCGGAGCCUGACCGGGCAAGGCCUCUCUUCCUCCGGGCAGCUGUCUCCGUCUCACUAACACUCAGCCUGGCUCCGUUCCACAGCUGCCUGUACCCACGACAUCUUCACCGAGAAGACGGGACGACUUGACGUAGUGGAAUGAUUUUACCCCGAAGAGCAGCGUGAAAGCGAGGGGACGCUCACUCUCACUGACCAAAAAAAAGUGUUUGUCUUGAAUAAUCUCAGUCGACUGAGGAGUCAACGACUGAUGAUUCGAAUAUUCGACUUUCAGGGGGCAGCCUUAGUUUUUUUAAUAUUUCCAAUUUAAAUGAUAGCAAGAGUUUUGAUCAAUUAUAUGCUUUACACAUUUUAAUGUUAACAUCUGACUAUUAUACUUGUCCUUCGGGUGAAACCCUUGCCUAGUAUAUAUGUGUAUUCUUUUUUUAAAAGCUCUCUGUAAUUUGUUUACAAGUUACGUCUUUGCAAUAUUUGAUAGGUGUUUAGCUGCUCUGUUUAUGGCAUCUAAGAUGUGUGGAGUGAGCUACAGUGCAUUUUUUUGUAUGAUAACCAAAUGAACUGAAGGAACAUACUAUUUGAAAUGCAUCUCUUUUGUUUACUCAAGUGAAACAGGCUUGGCUGGUAAUAGCAACUCACUUUCUGUAUUUAGAUCAUUUUAUUCCACUGAGGAGCUACUCCGCGAGCUCCUGCACUGUGGCAAAUAAUCUAUAGGUUUUAGACGGUCGAAAAAUAGCUCUGCUUCCAUGUACAGUCACAUAUUUUAAGGGGGAAAAUCAUUCCCUCGCAGACAGACAUCACAGACCCAUCUCUCUUUCCAUGACAUUAUGCAUGUACAGAAGAUUAAGUCAUUUAAUAAAAGUUUGAUUAUCUCUCUCCUCA